AGGAGCCGAAGAUCUGAACUGCGUCACCGUUUUCACCGCAGACCCACGGGUUAAAACCAGCCUCUGUCUGCUGCUCACUUCCAUUUCUUCUGUAAACAGAGAAAAGUUCAACCAUGGCCAGAACCAAGCAGACCGCCCGUAAAUCCACCGGAGGUAAAGCCCCCAGGAAGCAGCUGGCCACCAAGGCUGCCCGCAAAAGCGCCCCGGCCACCGGCGGCGUCAAGAAGCCUCACCGUUACAGGCCCGGUACCGUGGCUCUGCGGGAGAUCCGCCGUUACCAGAAAUCCACCGAGCUGCUGAUCCGCAAACUGCCCUUCCAGCGGCUGGUCCGAGAAAUCGCUCAGGAUUUCAAGACCGACCUGCGCUUCCAGAGCUCCGCCGUCAUGGCUCUGCAGGAGGCCAGCGAGGCUUACCUGGUGGGGCUGUUCGAGGACACCAACCUGUGCGCCAUCCACGCCAAGAGGGUCACCAUCAUGCCCAAAGACAUCCAGCUGGCCAGACGCAUCCGCGGAGAGAGAGCUUAGACUGAGCAUCCACUGAACACAACGGCUCUUUUCAGAGCCAACACAUGGACACAGAAGACCUGCUUCUGUUUGGUUCAUUCACAGCUUUAGUGGAGAAGAGAACCACUACAGCACAGUGUGGAGGUUUUUAUGGUUAUAUUGUCUA